AUGCCCAAGAGGAAGAGAGGUGCUUUCAGUCAUGGAGCUGCUCUCCUAAGCAUGAGGGGGAUCAUGCUUUCCUUCCUCUGCUUACUGAUGCACCUGCUUCAGGAUGAGACAACUUCACUUUUAGUUUUGGAAAACCAAGACCUGCAAGAUUCGAUUAAGCCACAGAAGGUAGCGUUCCAUUCGUUAAAUUUCAACACCACUUUGCAUUGGCAGCCUGGGUGGGCCAGAGAGGCGAGAGAUGCGCGCUACUUUGUGCAGUAUAAAGUGUAUGGGCAGAGCACGUGGCAAAACAAAGACGAGUGCUGGGGGAUUUCCAGCCGUGUCUGUGACCUAACACACGAGACCUCUGACAUCCAGGAGCCUCACUACAGCAGAGUGAGAGCAGCCCUGGCUGGUGUCUAUUCCGACUGGAGCCUCAGCUGCAGAUUCACUCCUUGGCGAGAGACUAUGAUAGGACCUCCAAUGGUAACUGUGGUCCAUAGCAACAAAUCCAUAACAGUAAAGCUCCAGGCUCCACGUUCUCCUUAUAAAAGGAAAAGAGGCAGCAAAAUACCAAUGACAAAUUAUUAUGAUCUGCUGUAUCAAGUCUUCAUAAUCAACAAUUUGCUAGAUGAGCACCACAGGGUCCUGGUGUAUGAAGGGAAAGACAAGGUUAUUAAAAUACAAGAUUUGAGGCCUGGAGUCAGCUACUGCAUCGUGGCUAAAAUGUACAUGCCAAUGCUGGACCACAGCAGUGCCUACAGCAGCAGGCAAUGUACUGUGCUUCAGUGA